AUGGGCAGAAGCGCAGGGCAGUACGUCUUGCUAACCUUCGCCUGUGCAUUUUCCUCUUGCUGGGCUGAAGUGACACAGGGGGUCGAGAUGUCUCCACAAACCACAUCCUUCCACUAUACAGCUACUUCUGCUCAGCCACCUUCCCUCUAUCAUUCUUCAUCCCACAGAGGCACCACAUUUCAUUUUAACAGCACAAGCUCUCUUAUAACGACACCCAUAAGCCAUAGAACAACUGUGCAAACAACAGGCCAGUCUCUGGUUACAGCACCAACCCCUCACACAACAGCCCAGGCAGCAGGAACCACCACACAAGCGACCAGCCACACAGCUCUAACAGUAUUAACCACAACAGCAGCAGAGACCACAGUGGCAACUGGUCACUCUACAACCAGUGCAAGAGAAACAGGUACACCUGCAGUGAAGAACACAACCAUACACUUUACAUCCCCAACCAGCCAAACCACAAGAACUGUGAGAGUAGCAACUACAAGAGCAGCUACAAACACAACUGGAAAGCCUACACUGCCAAAGAACCAAACGACAACCACUGCCAUAACUACUACAGCCACCACCAAGACUACGGUAAAGCCCACCACAAGGUCAGCUAAUCAAACAACAACAACUAAAACUCCAACAACCACAGCCAUGACCAACAUAACUGUUCAUCCAGGAAAUCAAACAACCAUCCCAUCUACUACAACAAUGGUGAGACCCACUCUCUCACCCCAGCCUUCUCCCACCCCCACUGGCACAUACACUGUUCGCAACGGAAGCAUGACCUGCAUCAAAGCAGCAAUGGGUUUGCAACUGAUGGCUCAAAAUACCAAGAAGAAGCAGAUGGAGUACAUGAAUAUCAAUCCCAACAUGACACAAACAUCUGGAAGCUGUGGGAUGCUGCAGUCUGCUCUGAACAUAACUUUCAAUGGAGGGUUUAUAAACUUUGUCUUUGUAAAGAGAGUGCGACUAUACUAUGUCAGUACAAUUGAGACCAGUUUACAGUUGUCUUCUGAAGGUAUGCUCUACUACACAGCCAUACACGAGCAGCUGUUUACAACUAAGCUGGGGAAUUCCUUUAAAUGCGUCAGCAAGCAAGUCUUCGGCUUGCAGAAGAACUUCCAGCUACUCAUUGUUAAUAUGCAGCUGCAGGCCUUCGAUAUUGUUGGUAACCAGUUUGGGAAAGAGGAAGAAUGUUUUCUUGAUAGAAACAGCAAAGCAGUUCCCAUUGCAGUAGGCUUGAGUAUCUUGGGAUUAUUUGUCAUUGUGCUCGUCACAUUUGUGAUUUCCAGAAGAAAGCCGCAUAGAGGAUAUGAACGCAUCUGA